AUGUCAAACGCGUCCACCACCGAAUUAGAUCGUUCAGCUACUGUUGUCCGCGUUAAUGAUGAGCGUUUCAAUAUCCAGUCUCCCCAGCGGAAGAUCCUUCUUCGCCAACUCAACAGAGCUCUUUUCGAACAACAAGUCCCCUCCCCAUUCUGGGCCGUUCUCCAGGUGUGCGAUAUCGAGAAGCUUGAGUACAUCGUACAGCUCGCCAACUUGUCAAUGAAACUCAUGCAUACCGUUUCUGAUCUCAUUUGUGCUCUCCCAUUCAAAUGGACGGCAACUCCAUCUGCCGCCCAACAGCUCGAAUCAGCAUACUCAACCCCGACUUCGGGUUCGAGUUUCAGUUCGCGGCCACGUGCUUCCCCAGUUGCAAUCUAUGCCGCCCGAGAGCGAGAUGGAUACAAGUGUGUCAUCACAGGCACCCGCAAGCUCUACCAAACCACCCCGAUCUUCCCAGCUAGUGCAGCCAGCUCCCGCUUGCAGGAUGACCCGGAUUCUCCUAGCCUUUGGAGGUUUGCAGAUGUGUUCUGGGGAAAGAGUACAACUGAAAGGUGGAAACGAGCCGUCUUCAGUGACCCAACUCAGCCCGACAGUCCUGUCAAUGAUUGCUCCAAUCUGAUCUGCCUUCGCAGAGACCUUCGGUCUGCAUGGUCGAGUGGAUUGUUCGCUCUGCGUCCCGUCUGGGUCUCGGAGGAUAUGACUGAAAUGGAAAUCGAGUUCUAUUGGCAACCAAAGCCAGACCACAAGCUUUACGACGUGGUUGAUGUGUCCAAGGAGCCUAUAUCUAGCAAGAACGUCAACAGCGUGGAUCGAUUGAUCGUGGCGGUAGGAAAGCGAGGUGAACCAACAUAUCGUGCCAUUGAGUCCGGCUACCGAUUUAGAAUGACAACGGACGACCCCGUCCUUCGACCGCUUCCGAGUUUCGACUUGCUGGACAUGCAGUGGCAUUUCACCCGACUGACCUCCUUAUCCGCCGUGGCUAGUUUCUUCGAUGCUGAUGAUGAUGAAGACAGCGUCAGAUCAGAGGACAGCGUUAGAUCAGACACGACGACUACACAACCGGAGCACCGCGGCCGACCGGAGUAUCACCCUCUGCAUGCCAACCCUCCCAGCGCCCACAUACUGGCCUGGGUUAAAUCUUCACUUUCAUCUGGUUCCCCGCCCGAGUCAGAGCAACGCAACCGACCGGAGCGUGAUCCUCUGCGUUCUUCUCCAAGCUCCCACAUUCUGGCUUGGGUCAAAUCUUCUCUUUCACCUCCCGAGCCAGAGUUUGUCGAGGAUAUCGAUGAAUCCAUGAUGGAUGAAGCGAUGAUUGGCGCUCUGCCAGGGUCCGACACCAACGGCUUGCGCAGUGUUAGCCAGACUUCGAAGGAUUCCGAGUCGGCGGGUUCGGCGGAUUCAGGAGAUUCGGAAGCCAGCGUGAUGAUUGAUGUGAUUUCCGGAACUGGCCAUCUAUCUCUUGACUUCAGUCGCGACAGUUAA